CCGCCUUCGCAGCAGAGCGCCUUUCUUUAUUUGUUAAAGAAAUUCUGAAAGCCGGUGGACUUUCUACGAUUGCCCCCUACCGCCUCACCAGCUGUGUUGCAUCCCAGAGCGUUAUCUCCGCAUUAAUGCAGAGGGUUUGGUACGCUGGGGGAUUUCAUUCACUAGGUGAAAAGUGUUGUUUGUGCCUAGCCUUCGUCGCGUGCCGCUCCCAGCUUCUGUUGACCUGGACACUGGCUGGUAGCAGAACGCCGAAAGACCGGGCGAAGAUGGCCUCAGUGCCAGUGUACUGCCUCUGCCGUCUCCCGUAUGAUGUGACACGUUUCAUGAUCGAGUGUGACAUGUGCCAAGACUGGUUUCAUGGCAGCUGUGUUGGUGUUGAAGAAGAGAAAGCUGCUGACAUUGAUCUCUACCACUGCCCUAACUGUGAGGUCCUACAUGGCCCCUCCAUUAUGAAAAAACGCCGUGUCUCUUCAAAAGGGCAUGAUGCACACAGGGGGAAAGUAGUGAAGACUGGGAGCACUACAUUCAUUCGAGAACUCCGAAGUAGGAAUUUUGACAGCUCAGAUGAAGUGAUUUUGAAGCCCACUGGAAGUCAACUGACUGUGGAAUUUCUUGAAGAAAAUAGCUUCAGUGUGCCUAUCUUAGUUUUGAAGAAGGAUGGGUUGGGCAUGACACUGCCUUCACCAUCAUUUACUGUGAGGGAUGUGGAACACUAUGUUGGCUCUGACAAAGAAAUUGAUGUGAUUGAUGUGACCCGUCAGGCUGACUGUAAGAUGAAGCUCGGUGAUUUUGUGAAAUACUAUUACAGUGGAAAGAGGGAAAAAAUUCUCAAUGUCAUUAGUUUGGAAUUCUCUGAUACCAGGCUUUCUAAUCUUGUGGAGACACCCAAGAUUGUUCGGAAGCUUUCAUGGGUGGAGAACUUGUGGCCAGAGGACUGUGUCUUUGAGAGGCCCAAUGUACAGAAGUACUGUCUCAUGAGUGUGCGAGAUAGCUAUACGGACUUUCACAUUGACUUUGGUGGCACUUCUGUGUGGUACCAUGUGCUCAAGGGGGAGAAGAUCUUUUACCUGAUCCGCCCAACAAAUGCCAACCUGACCCUCUUUGAGUGCUGGAGCAGUUCCUCUAAUCAGAAUGAGAUGUUCUUUGGGGACCAGGUGGACAAGUGCUACAAGUGUUCUGUGAAACAAGGACAAACACUUUUCAUUCCUACAGGAUGGAUCCAUGCUGUUCUGACACCUGUUGACUGCCUUGCAUUUGGAGGGAAUUUUCUACACAGCCUUAACAUUGAAAUGCAGCUCAAAGCCUAUGAGAUUGAGAAGCGGCUGAGCACAGCAGACCUCUUUAAAUUCCCCAACUUUGAGACCAUUUGUUGGUAUGUGGGAAAGCACAUCCUGGACAUCUUUCGAGGUCUGCGAGAGAACAGGAGACAUCCUGCCUCCUACCUGGUUCAUGGUGGCAAAGCCUUAAACUUGGCCUUUAGAGCUUGGACAAGAAAAGAAGCUCUGCCAGACCAUGAGGAUGAGAUCCCAGAGACAGUGCGGACUGUACAGCUCAUUAAAGAUCUGGCUAGGGAGAUUCGUCUGGUGGAAUUCAACAUCACUGGUACCUGCUUGAAUAAUUCCGAAGAAGACUCACCAGACUUGGACCUGGAUGGGAGUGAGGGCCCGCUGACCCUAUUGAUGCAUAAUGGCAGUACCAAGAGGAUGAAGAGUUUAUCCAAGUCUAGGCGAGCAAAGAUUGCUAAGAAGGCAGACAAAACCAGGCUGAUAGCAGAAAAAGCACUGGAGGAUGAGUUUGACUUGGAUUCAGAUGAUGACUUGCAGAUUGAUGAGAGACUGGGAAAGGAGAAGGCAGCUCUGAUAAUAAGACCAAAAUUUCCCCGAAAAUUGCCCCGUGCAAAACCUUGCUCUGACCCUAAUCGAAUUCGUGAACCUGGAGAAGUGGAGUUUGACAUUGAGGAAGACUAUACAACAGAUGAGGACAUGGGUGAAGGGGUCGAAGGCAAGCUUGGGAAUGGGAGUGGAGCUGGUGGAAUUCUUGAUCUUCUCAAGGCCAGCAAGCAGGUGGGAGGACCUGACUAUGCUGCCCUUGCCGAGGCCCCUGCCUCUCCGAGCACUCAGGAGGCCAUCCAGGGCAUGCUGUGCAUGGCCAAUUUGCAAUCCUCAUCAUCAUCACCAGCUACAUCCAGCCUGCAGGCCUGGUGGACCGGGGGGCAAGACCGAAACAGUGGAAGCUCCAGCAGUGGGCUGGGCACAGUGUCUAACAGUCCUGCUUCCCAGCGCACCCCAGGGAAGCGGCCAAUCAAGCGGCCAGCAUAUUGGAGAACCGAAAGCGAGGAAGAGGAAGAAAAUGCCAGUCUGGAUGAACAGGACAGCUUGGGAGCAUGCUUCAAGGACGCAGAGUAUAUCUACCCUUCAUUGGAGUCUGAUGAUGAUGAUCCUGCUUUGAAAUCUAGACCCAAGAAAAAGAAGAAUUCAGAUGAUGCUCCAUGGAGUCCUAAAGCUCGUGUGACCCCAACUCUACCAAAGCAGGAUCGUCCUGUGCGUGAGGGAACACGGGUAGCUUCCAUUGAGACAGGCUUGGCUGCAGCAGCUGCAAAGCUGGCUCAGCAGGAGCUGCAAAAGGCCCAAAAGAAGAAAUGUAUCAAGAAAAAACCAUUGUUGAAGGAGAUAGAACAGCCUCGCCUUCAAGACUCAAGUCUUAGUGUGGCAGCGUCAGCUCCCACUCUCGCCGUUACACCCCAACUUCUCACCUCCUCCUCACCUUUGCCGCCUCCUGAGCCUAAACAAGAAGCACUCUCUGGAAGUCUUGCUGACCAUGAAUAUACUGCUCGCCCCAGUGCUUUUGGUAUGGCCCAGGCAAACCGUAGCACCACACCCAUGGCCCCUGGUGUUUUCUUGACCCAGCGACGUCCUUCAGUUGGCUCACAGAGCAGUCAAGUAGGACAAGGAAAGCGCCCCAAAAAGGGCCUGGCCACAGCAAAGCAGAGACUUGGCCGUAUCCUGAAAAUCCACAGAAAUGGCAAACUACUUCUGUGAACCUCCUUGUGUGCUGAUCCUGACCCUUUCAACCCCAUUGCCUUCUCCAUUGUCAACUCUCGGGGCACUCCUGGAUCGUAUUGGCCCCGGACAAGGUGCUGAGGCGCGUUGUCCUGCUUUCUUGGAACUGACCAAAGGCAUGGACUCCCCCAACACCCUUCCCCACUUCUACUAAAGCGUCCUACCUUCUUUAUCGAUGCCUCCGAGUUGCUCUUAAAUGGGACAACUUUCUAGCAAAGUAACACCCUCUUUUCUGCUGCUCCAACCUAUUUCCCUUUCAUGGGCUUUGCCUGCCCUUUAAUCUCAUCCCUACCUAUAGCUUGAUUGCUGGAGGAGAGAAACAAGGAAAUCGUGAAUCCUUGGGUAUUUCCCUGCCCAUGGGAUCCCAGCAUUUAACUUUCUACAACUAUAGCUUUUUAUCUAGUAACUUGUCCACAUCUGCCCAUUCUUUCUUCCCCUUCCUUCGCCCAGCAGAUGUCACUCACCUCCAGAUUCUGCCCCCUCUUGCCAAAUGUUUCAUGAAAAUAAAAGAAGAGGGUCCAGAGAGUUUCCUUACUGCCCCAGCGCAGGCCACUUACAGAGAGAUGGCCUAGAAGAACCAUGAGCUGAUUUCACUCAUCCUUGGGAAAAUAGGAGAUCCCUUUCACCUCUCAGAAUGGAGAAAAGAAUGACGCCUAAAACCUUGAUAUAAUUUUGUAGUCCCCUGGAGGGAGCUACUUGGGUAUGGCUACAAAUGAAGCCCCUUGUAUUUGUGAGACCCCAGAAUUUGCCAGGAAUGAAGUCCUACAGAACAUUAUGUGGCUGUUACUCAACCCCAGCAGAUUAAAAACCACCUUCCAGAAGCUUGAAAGUACCUACAUCUGAAGCAGACACCCCUGUUCCUUUAUCUAUACCACACAGCAUCCUGGACCUUCUGUAAAGAGUGUGGCUGGAGUUCAGCCCUGGGUUCUACAUGGGGAAACACUCUGCUUCUUUUCCCACUUGAAGAACAAAGAACUCACGCUUUCACUCCUGGCUUUUGCACUCCUGGACAUUGAGUCGGCAUUCAAGCAGUGUGCAAAAAGGCCACUUAGAAGUCCACACACAGGAGAGAAGACACCAUCUGAAAAGGAGCAGAUCAUCUGAUCACCUUCUUUGUGUACAUCUCUGUUGUUCAGACAGUGCCCACCCCCUCCUCUCCAUGCCAUUGUUUCCCUCACUUCUUCUGGCCUUGCCUCCUUGGCAACCUGGACUGAAAGGAGAGUGCCCCCUUCCAUUUUGGCACUACCCAAGUGGAGCACGACCUUGCUCUCUAUUCCCCACUUCAGCCUCAGUGCUUCUGGGGAACUUCACUCCAUGCAGGUCACAGGGAAUGUGUAAGCCUUCCCUUGUAAUCUUUUUGUCUACGGUUUGUCUUUCUUUUCUCCUUAACACUGUCUAUGCCAUAUCCCUUUUCUGUCUUGGGGACCCCAGAGAUCAAGAAGUCUAGUCACACCAAAGGCAAAAAGCCUGGCUACCUCCCCCUGGUAUGUGAGGUCCCCACCACUCUCCUCUCUGUUUCCACCCAGCUUUGCUUUUAUCUGGGGAUUUCAAAGUAGCAGAGGAUAGUGAGAAGAAAGGAGGGGAUAUCCUGUGUCCCAGUGUAAGUAACUGCCUGACUGCUGUCACCAAGACCAGAAACCCACCCCUUUUGCCCAUUAACCUCCCCUUUGAUCUUCCAAAGGCAGCUAAUUGCUAGCAAAUCCCCCUUCCCUCAUUCUGAAUCUCUUUGCUCUAUUUCUUUAUAAGAAGUUUCUGUGGAACUGAAACCAACCUCCAUUUUACUGGGUUUAGUUUAGUUGGGUUCUCAGAGCCCUCUGUUUGUUUUUUGUUUCAAAUGAAAAGCAAGUUUACCUUCGGUUUUGCUUUUCCAAAGAGGCUAGUGUGCUCCCCGCCCCCCCUCCUUUUCAGUUUCUCAGUGAAGUGAGCUAGGAGGGGUUGAUACUGAUAAUAAUCAAGGUUUUUUCAACAGUGAUUUUCCACCAUUUUGCUCUUGAAGAUGGAUGGAAAUGUUUUGUGGACUGACAAAAUGAUGUUCAUCUACAUACUGCCACUUAAAUUUGUCAUCACAGGCAGCACUGUACCACUCUACUGCUACGUGAUCCAGGCAUACCAUGUGUUAAGUGGCAAUAACUUUGAGGACCGGCAGGAAAUUUCUGCAGACUGUGGACUGGCAGUUGAAAACCACUGGUUUAGAACAUGCUGAGAGUUACCUCUAGUCUCUAAUCACCAGCACAGAGCUGGGGGUUAGAUGGGGGCAGGAAGAGAGGAUUUCUAUUCACCUUUAAUAUAUUUUUACAAAAAAAAAGCAGUUUAAAAGCAAGCCCACCGCUUCUGUACAUGUCUAAAUAUAUUUUUAGAAGUGGGUAGGAUUGUGAAUUUCUGAUGCAGGGCCUUUUUAUAAACAGGUUAGAAUAGCAUCAUACAGACUUCUUUAUUGUUUUUCCCCAUUUUUUUCUUAUGUUGUGUUACUAAUGUAAUUUAUAUUUUUUUUAGAUCCUUCCUUUCCUAUAGAGAUAAAAGUGAUUUAUCUUGGCAA